UGGACCAUCUCUUUCGUCAACAUGCGUGCUUGCGUCUUCUUUGGGCUGCAGCUGAGACGAUGGGCCCCCGUAUUUAAUGCUACCGCACCGACAUAUCUGCUUUGGAAAAAGGCCGGCCGCAGAUUGCCAAGAAGCUCGGCCGAAUUGAUUAUCUCUGUGGUCUCUCGUGUGUUCGUUGUGAAAUCUGAUUUUCUUCACUCACACACUCACACACACCCUCCUUCCUCACAUGUGCCGUUCAUCUCAUUUAUCUUCACACGCCAUCUCACACACUCUCAUCUCACUCACUCCAUAAAAACUCACAUUUCAAACCCUCACACUCGAGAAGACCAUGCCUCUCUCAUCACAAGCCGUGGACGAAAUCAAAGGCAUCGUAGAAAAUGCCGUCACAUCCGACCCCAACCGGAUCCCCGGAACAACCGUAGUCGUAAUCGACCGCACCGGCAAGGAGCAAUUCGCCCACUCAGCCGGAAAACGAGGCGUCGAUUCCUCGGAGCCCAUGACCCUGGACAGCGUCUACUGGAUUGCCUCGUGCACGAAAAUGGUGGUCGGCAUCGCAUGCAUGCAGCUCGUGGAGAAGGGCCAGCUGAACCUCGACGACGCGGACCACCUCGAGAAGCUCUGCCCGGAGCUGGCCGACAUCAAAGUCCUCACGCCAGAGGGCAAGCUCGUGGAUAAGAAGCGCGGGAUCACGCUCCGCAUGUUGCUGACGCAUACUGCCGGGUUCGGGUAUACCUUCUUCAGUGAACGGCUGCGCGACUGGAGCUUGCCUGCGGGCAUCGAUGAGUUCUCUGGGAGCGUGAGGGAUAUGGUGCAGCCUCUGUUGUUCCAGCCCGGAGAGGGCUGGGAGUACGGCGUUGGCAUUGACUGGGCCGGUAUCGCGCUGGAGCGUGCCACAAACAUGAGUCUCAACGACUACAUCCAAGCCAACAUCUGCCAGCCCCUGGGCCUACACAAUGUCAACAUGAUCCCGACGCCCUCGAUGAAGGCGCAGUUGGCGUACAUGCAUUACAAGAGGCCCGACGGCAAGACGGUGCACAGAGACCACCCUCUCCAUCGCCCAUUGAUCGUGCAAUCGGAGGAAGAGAUCCGCGCUUGCUUCAACAGCGGCGGCGCCGGCAUCUUUGCAAAGCCUCAAGAAUACACCCGCAUCCUCGCAGUCUUCCUAAACGACGGAAUCUGCCCCAUCACCAAAUCCCAACUCCUGAAAAAGGAGACAGUAGACGAAAUGUUCUCCAACCAAAUCUCCAAGUUCCCAGACUUUGCCCGGAACGGCGUCCAGGACGCGAAACCGGAGCUGACAAACGCAAUUCCGGAGCUCUACCCGCUCCCGGGCAACCCGCCGCAGGGCUGGGGCCUGACGUUCAUGAUCACGGGCGGGCCGACGGGGCGCUCGAGCGGGACGGCGUGGUGGGCUGGGCUGCCGAACCUGUUUUGGUGGUGCGAUCGGGAGAACGGGGUAGCCGGGAUCGUGUGCUCGCAGAUUCUGCCUUUUGGUGAUGCGUCGGUCAUGGGGCUUUGGGCACAGGUUGAGGCUGCUGUAUAUAAGGGGUUGAGUGCGUGAUGACUGCCCUGUGAUCAUGACUGAAUCCUCAGUCUUGGUGUCUCGCGGGGUUUGCGUUCGUUCUCUGCCGAUGAGGCUGGGCUGCUCCUAGUCGGAAUCUCGGAAACAUAUUUCCAUAUACGGAUGCUUUCCUAUUGGUUCCCCUUCAGAAUGA